UACUAAUGCUGAGCGAGUACGACAGCGAGUGAGCUCUUCUAUACGGCUGCUGUUGGUAGUAGCAGAACCUACCGAGGAGAGCGAAUUUCCAUAUAAACCAUACUGACAGCUCCGGUCUCAGUCUUGCGAGGAGCGCGAAUCGUUGCGUACACGAUUUCCCUGACUUUGGGAUAGUCAGUCGGUCGGUUGGUCGAAGAAAGUGCGCUCGGAUUGAACUCCUCCACCGCCUCCGCGUGUGUGAUAUAAUUACGGGAAUUUGUGGCCUGUGUUCUGAAAUCGGUUGGUCAUCUUCGGUCUUCGCCGGUAUUAGUGGUGCGCGUGGUAGAGGACGUCCGCGAUCGAAAUGGUGUGCAUCGUGCAGACUUUUAAAUCUUGAAGUGUUUUUGAAGUGAAACUUUAACUUUGUUAGUGAGAGUUGAAGGCCCACGCGAGGCCUUCCACAAAACAAUGGACUACCUAGACAAGUUGAACCUAUUCCGGCGACGCCGGAAUCCACCGUCGGACACGACCGAAACGUCCACCACCGGUGGUGGAUCGGUGUCGUCCCCGACCAUCGUCCUAUCCCCCGCCAGUCCUUCGGCGGGUGAAAUUUCCACGACCAGUUCGUCGGGUGAACCAAGUGGUGGCGCGGGGGGAGCCCCCGAAAAGAAGCGCAAGAAGAAAACUAAACGAAAGCGAACCGUUUCCGUUGUUCCGAUCAGUGAGGUGACCGAGGCAUCGCUGGAACUAUGGCGAACCCUUCCGACCAAGAUCCGGCAGGACCCGAGCAUGGUGUCGUUCCAGCAGGUCGAACUCGAACACGCCCGGCUGCAUGCCAGCAUACACAGUUAUUCGCGAGGUCCUAGCCCAGUCGAGGCUAACUUCAGUAGUAUUGCAGGCGACGACCAUGAGGACUCCUUUCCGGACAUCCAACCUAUGGAUGAUGACGAGGAUGAAGGAGAGGAAGAGGAGGAAGAUGAUGAGGAUAACGGAAACGAGUUCAUCACCAUCAAUGUCACCAACGAGCAAGGGGAAAACAAGGAGCUGGAGCACAUCAAGGAAAAGAAAGAAAUCCCGAAACCCCACGUGCACCACCUGGCAGGGCACUACAUCGGUAACAUCACUCCACCGAAGCACGACGACAUCGACACCGGUCAGAACCACCUGGACGAGGAUCACCCCUUCCGCAAGUACUCCAAAAUCAUCUGCCUGUUCAUCACGUGGAUGGUGAUCAUCGCCUUCCUGGUGGUGAAGGACGAGAAAAUGGUUCACACGAAACAUCUGUCGAUUCCGGCGGGCAAAACCAAGGCUUACAUCCUGCCCAAGCUGCCGCUCAGUUCGAAUGUGAAGUUUGGUCUCGAAGGAACGUUUUUAAGCGAGCAGUAUACUAACAUUACGGAGCACUAUUUGGCCAUUUAUCUGCAAUCGCUCACGUCGACUUUGGAGGGGAAUGAGAGUGAAGUGGUGAACUCGGAUUCGGUGCAAAAUAUAAGCGAUCCGUGGUACGUGCCGAUCGUUCAUCCGUAUCUGUUCGAUAGUGCACCGAUCAUCAAAAAGCAGCAUAGUUUCGACAUUAGUGAUAACAACUUCGAGCGGAUUCAUGCCCAGAGCAGUGCGGUUCGGAUGAUGGUAAGGAGCAAUAUAAAGACAAGUAUUCCGAUCGCUGUGCGGUACGAUCAGAGUCCGGUGAACCGGGACAUCGGAGUGAUCUACGCGGCAUUUGUGUUGAUCUUUUUGUACGCGUUGAUCAUCUGGGAGGUGGUUCAUCGGACGUUUGCGGCAGUAAUUGCAUCGACACUGGCCAUCUCGAUCCUGGCAGCACUGGACGAUCGGCCCACCAUGGAGGACAUUGUGGGCUGGAUCGAUGUGGAGACGAUUCUGUUGCUGUUCUCGAUGAUGAUCUUGGUGGCGAUCUUGGCCGAGACGGGCAUCUUUGACUAUUUGGCUGUUUAUAUCUAUAAGAUUACCAACGGUAAAAUUUGGAACCUUAUUCACUGUUUAUGCAUAUGUACUACUCUGAUCUCUUCUUUCCUGGACAACGUUACUACGGUGCUUCUAAUGGCUCCAAUAACUAUAAGAUUAUGCGAGGUCAUGGACAUGAAUCCGGUUCCGGUACUGAUGGCCAUCACCGUCCACGCCAACAUCGGUGGAACAAUGACCCCGGUUGGCGAUCCCCCGAACAUCAUCAUCACGUCGAACCAGUAUAUAUUGAAACACGGUGUUACAUUUUUAACUUUUACUGCUCACAUGAUGGUUGGCGUGAUCAUUGUCGUAAUAGCAACGAACAUCCACUUGCGGCUGAAGUACAAGAACAUCAAUAACCUCCGGAUGCACGAGCCCAAGGAACUGAAGGAGCUGCGGCGAAACAUCAAGGUUUGGGAACGGGCUGCCGGUAAAAUCCCACCGUACUCCAAGGAUGCCAACAUUGUUCGGGAAACGUUGAUGAAGAAGGUUCGGCUGCUGCGGCAUGAGCUCAAGAAGAAAAUGACCAAGGGUUCCGUGCCGGAGGAUCUCUACCGAUCGACGCUAGAGGAACUGCAGAAGGAACAUCCGAUCAAGAACAAGGGACUGUUGAUCAAGUCCGGAGUGGUGUGCGCCUUCAUCAUUUCGUUGUUCUUCCUCGAGUCGAUUCCGGAGCUGCGACGGAUGUCCUCGGGGUGGGCAGCUUUGCUGGGCGUGAUGCUGCUGUUGAUCAUUUCCGACAAGAACGACAUGGACGCCGUUCUGUCGCGAAUCGAAUGGCCAACGCUGCUCUUCUUCGCCGCCAUGUUCACGCUGAUGGAAGCCGUUGAACGGAUGGGACUGAUCGACUGGAUCGGACAUGCUACGGAGUCAAUUAUCCAGUCGGUAUCGGAGGAUCUACGGUUGGCAGUGGCCAUCAUAAUCAUCCUGUGGAUAUCGGCACUGACGUCGGCGUUCGUUGACAGUAUUCCGGUGACGGCUAUGAUGGUGAAGAUCGUGGUGGCUUUGUCGGAGAAGUCGACCCUAGGCCUUCCGUUGCAACCGCUGGUUUGGGCUCUGGCUUUCGGACCAUGUCUGGGAGGAAACGGAACCUUGGUUGGUGCUUCAGCCAACGUCAUUUGCGCUGGAAUAGCGGAACAGCAUGGCUAUCGGUUCAGUUUCAUGGACUAUUUUAAACUUGGAUUCCCCAUCAUGUUGGUCAGUGUGAUAGUAACGACAGGAUAUCUUAUCAUGGCCCACGUAGUGUUCGCCUGGCAUUGAGAAUGCACCCCGUGAACCGGUUAAACCGUGUUCGAAAACCGCCCCCAAAAACCCCACUACCGUUUGUACGUCGCUAAAAGUGAACCAAAAUCCAUCCCUGGGAUGACAAGUCAUUUGUAUUUAUAACUGUGCAUUAUUAACCACUUUAUUAGGGUAGGUAAGGUAAUCCGAGAAGUGCUGUUAUAGGUGUUCCAGUGCUACCGCAGUUUCUAUGUUGUAGGAAGCUAAGUUUCAUCUUCAUAUGUGUUAAUUGUCGGAAAUAUUCGGUUUUCGAAUUGCCUCUCUGAAAUAUUUUCUCUCUGAUGUCAGUAUAGUCAUAGUCACGAACAUUUAUGUUUGUCAGUCAAAGUAAGUGGAGAAAUUUUAGUAUGAUACGAAAGUUGUAGUUGAAUAAAUUAUGCCAAUUCAUAGAAUA